UAUUUAUUUUAAGGUGUAAUCUUUUUGCAUGGAUCAUGUCUGAAAAUCCCGAUGAAUCUGAAGUGUUCGAAAUUUGUGAUUUCACUACUCCAACGGAAUGGGAACGCUUCGUCGCUCGCUUGGAAGAAGUUCUUCAUGAGUGGCAAUUGAAUGGCACUAACUUGAGAUUCUGGUACCAGUAUCCAGACAAAUCAUUUGCUCUCGGCGUGUGGCGAAGAAUUUCUGAAGAACUGACAUUCGGUGCUACCUUCCCAUAUUCGUCCAGGCUCAGGCGACUUUUCAGCAACUCUAUAUUGGAAUCCGAGAAGCCGGCUCAUUUCGAACGGAGUAUGACAUGGUACACUUACGAAUGGUUCCGCUUGCUUGUCUGACUCUAUCUGGACUUCUGAACAUCUUCAACGCGAAACUUGGUUCAAUGCAAAAUUCGGCACGAGUGAGGGUGUCGAUUCGCCUCAAUUAUGCUUUAACGGAUUGGGUUCAUUUAUUCUGGUCUCAAAAGCCGCCGUCGCUAGAAUUCUUCCUGGAAUCCGAAGACCUGUCAUUGCCCUUUGGUUGCCGUGAUGAUCCCAUUUCGGAAUUGAGUCUUGGUGCGGUAUGGCCGAGCAUGGUAGAGGAUACUGUUAUAGAAAGUGAGCACUACUCGGACUUCGAUCCCUUGUAUGCUCCUGAGUGGCGUGUGAGCGUGCAGAUGGCGGAGAUGACUUCCGGAUUAAUGACACUUUACUUAGAAAGCCUAUUGCAGUCAUGUUCCGAUAGGCGAGCUUAUGGUGAUUUUCGUGGUCAUUCAAUUGGAGAUACGGCCUCAAAUGUUGCGAGUUUUGGUGGAGCUUUUGAUCGACUAACGGAACCUAUACCAUCCUUGAGCUCUGUCCUAGAGACUACUGGAGAUAACUUCAAAAAAUCUGCUUUCUUUCCACUUGGGAAUUGGAACGAGGCGAUUCUUCCGUCCGACCUUAUUCUGAAGAUGAUUUCAAUGCUAUUCGAUGAUUCAGAGUCGAAAACAAGUCCGACCAAGCACGGCGCAUUCUUUGACCAAUCCCGUCUUCUAGAUCCUUUCGAGGUGAAACUGAGAGGCUGCAAAACUGCGCCGCAGGACUCCCUUUUGUGGCGACUUGCGCUUGUUUUCUCCCAUGCGUUAGCAAGUCUGGGCGGACCCCCUGGUGCAGCCCAGUUGUGGCACGCAUUCAUCGUUCAGCUACGUGUCUGUUGGGAUAAUUCUCAACUUCUUCCUGGGCUUAUGCUGGGUCCUCCAAAUUUGGCGCAUUGUCUGCUGUACCAGAAGCUACAAAUGCUGAACUGUUGCAUUGAACAAAGAAUAAAUCGAACUAAAGGCUUGGUGACCAAAGAGUUUGAAACUGACUCAUCAAAAGACAUGGACGGUGAGGAUGAGUUCUUCGAAUGCGAGGAAAACUUGAAUGUCGAGGAAGUUUCAGCGAAGGAGGAGUUCCGUCACGCACCGUGGAAUCAACCUACCGGACGCUUAAGAAAAUAUGAGAAUUUCCUUCUCUUACAUUCAGACGAGCCGCUUUACAUUCCCAUUACCCAGGAACCUUCUCCUGUCACGGAAGAUAUUUUAGAACAACAGGCUGAAAUUUUAUUACGACUUGGUUCGGAUGCUACUGGUGCAGAGCAGAGAGCGAAAAUGCAAUCUGCCUGUUUGCUGUCUGAUAUGGAAUCAUUCAAGGCUGCCAAUCCGAAUGCUGCAUUGGAAGAUUUUGUUCGUUGGUACUCUCCGAAAGAUUGGAUCUUGGAGCCUGGCGAACCGGAAUGGUCAAAGAAAGGCCAACUUAGCGUGCGGAUGAAUAUUCCCGGUAACCAAUGGCAAUCGCUGUGGGCAAGUUCCAAACCCGUUCCUGCUCGACGCCAGCGUCGAUUGUUUGACGAAACCAGAGAGGCAGAAAAAGUGUUCCAUUAUCUGUCCACGCUCAAUUCUGAUUUGGGAAGUGUCGCUAGUUUGCUUUUGUCAACGGUCCUACACUGUGCAAUUGUGAAAUUGCUGGAUGAAAAGAAGAAAGUCAAAAUUAAAAUUCCGGUUGUUGACGCGUUACUUGCAAACGCGAUAAACCGCUUUGUUCCGGCCUCCAGAGCCUCGCAGGUUGAUCCUGUUGUGUAUGAGGAAAUCAUCAACGAUGUUCGCAACGUUGAAUUCAUCAUGUCGAAGGCCGUAUCGCUACAAAAGAAGUUCUUGGAAGACCUUGGGGAGAUCUCGGAGGAUGAAGGCGAAGACCCCGCAGAUGAGGGGGCUUACGAUAGCCAGGCAUCUGACGAGGAUGCCAGCGAAGAUGACGGAAUCAACCAAGAGUUGGUGCGUCCGGAAUCAAGAGAAAUUAUCGAUUUUGUUAGCCAGCUGAUGACAGGUUCCGAAGUUGAAGUUUCUGAUGGUCCAAGCGGACGCGUUGGCUGUGUUAUCAAGUCAUUUUUUUCCUCCGCGUAUAAGAAUGACGAUGAUAUUGCUGGUUCCUACGAUAUGAAGCCGGUAGAUGAAGUUACGAAGCAGAAAUUCCCUCUGCCUAUCACUAAGGAGUACAUUUUUCGCGUACAGGCAUCACGUCCGACGCCUUACUCUGCGCCAACUCCCCAGCGGAUGUACGCUUGUGUUUCUGAUUCUGAAAUUCGAAUUGCUGCGAGCUUUACACAGGACACGCGUUACUGACACGUACGAAAUGCAAAAAAAUAUUUGGGUUUAAGCUGUUCUCAUUUAUUGCGUCCAAGAGGAGUGUAUUCAAUAUCACCUUUCGUGUCAAGAGUGGGUUUCAUUUACAUUCCAUGGCAUUUUUCGGCGGAAGCGUUAUUACAGACAAAUCGUUAUGAGCCGCCAC